AUGCCAAGAAAGAAGUCAGCUGCUAAAAGAGCUAGAGAAACUGCUAAGAAAGCGCAACUAAACGAAUCGCCUAAGGAACCUGUUGUAUUGAAAGCAGAUGUUGAAGACGCGAAACUAAAGGUUGAAAAAAAUGAUGUUUCCGAUUAUAAUGAUGAAGACGAUGAAGAUGAUGAAACAAGUGAAGAUGAAGAUGAUUUUGGUGAAUUAAUCACUGAGGAUGUCGAAGAAGGGAUCAAUAAAGUUUUGUCGGCUAUUAGAAAUAAUGAAACUGAUAAAUUAUUGAAUCCAGAAGUCAAAUUUUUCGAAGAUCCAGAAAAGGCUGUCGAAAAGUUAACUAGGACAGAAAAACAUAAACCUAUUUAUUUAAAAGAUUAUCAUAGAAUGAAUAUUUUGUCUGGGGAGGCGGCAAGAGACGAUGAUGAUACUGAGCAAGAAACUGUGGAUGGUAAACAAUCUUACAUCUCACAGCAAAAGGAAGAGAAGAGUCAAUUAUUGAAUGAGAUCAAAAAUGCAUUUGGAAAUUCCGAUGAUGAAAAAGACGAAGAAGAUGAUGAUGGUGAAGAUGCUUUCUUAAAGAAAAAGGAACCAACAAAAGAUCAUGACAACGAUGAUGCCAGUAAGAUAAUUUUGGCAGAUCCUAAGGAAAAUGCAAAUCAAUUCUUAGAAGAAUUCGUUGAGCAACAAGCUUGGAUCCCAAGAAAGGGUGAUAAAGUUCUAUCGAUGGAUGGUGAUAUGAAUGAAUUAGAAGAUGAUGAAGAAUUUGAAGACGCUGUAGAAAAAUUUGAAAAUGCGUAUAACUUUCGUUACGAAGAUCCCAAUGCUGCAGAAAUUGUUUCUUACGCACGUACUCAAGCCACAUUAAGAAGGUCACAAACAUCCUCCCGUAGAAGAAAGAGAGAUGAAGAAAAGCAAGUUAAAGAACAAAAUAAGACCGAAAAAGAGAGAAAGAUACAGAAAAAGAAAACAAAGAAAAUCAAUCAAUUGACUGAUAUCCUAGAACAAUUAAAGAAAGAAUAUGGGGCUGAAAUAAAUGAAGAUAUGGUGAAAAAAAUUACUGAUACUUUAUUAAAGAAUGAUUUUAAAGAUGAUGAAUGGGAUAAGGUUGUCGCGGACUUGUUUAAUGAAGAGUUUUAUAAUCAAGAAGGAAAACCGACUUGGGAUGAUGAAGACGAUGAUAUUAUGGCGGACUUCUAUGAUAAACAAAAGGAAGAAGCUGACAAAAUUCUAAAUGAAAAUAAUUCUGAAGAUGAAGAUGACUCUACUCAUAAUGAGGCGGAAAUAGAUAACAACGAUGCGGAAGGUCCAGAAAGGAAGAAAUCUAGAAAAGAUAAACAAAAAGAUAAGAAAUCUAAAAAAAAGGAAAAGAAGCAACUGGCAGAGUUGGUUGAAAAUGCCAUUGAACAGAACAAAUUAGCUAUUGUAGAUGAGGUAGAGGAAGAAGAAGAGGAAAGAAAAGGUAGACUUCGUUCUAAAGAAGAACAAACUUUAAAGUUCCGCUAUAGAGAAGUUUCUCCAGAAAGUUUUGGUCUAACAGCAAGAGAAAUAUUUGCUGCCGAUGAUACUGACUUAAACGAGUUCAUUGGUUUGAAGAAGUUUGCUCCCUACAGGCCUAAGGAGCUGAGAGCCAAAGAUAAGAGGAAAGUAACGAAAUCAAGAAGGCUUAGAGAUUGGAGAAAGAAAGUGUUUAAAAAUGAAAAAGGCCUAACCGGAGAAACUGACGAAAUUCUAAUUCCACUUGAAGAAAAAAAGGUCUCUGAAGAACAGCAUCAUCAUAGCGACAGAAAACGUAGUAAAAAGAGAAAACAUACUUCGUCUUAA